CCGCAUGUCAGCUCCCAAGAAAUCUCGGAUGGAACACUCUCCAGAGGUCCAGAAGUUUGUCGAGUUCCUCAAGAUACGAACUGUUCACCCUGACCCAGCGUACAAAGAAUCUCGACUCUGGCUGCUGGACUAUGUGGCUGAUAUUGGGCUUGAGGUGGUUGUUGACAAGGAGUACCACCCUGGAAAGCCUGUUAUCGUAGUCAAACUCCCCGGAACUAACCCUGAACUACCUUCCGUUUUGUUGAACUCCCACGUGGACGUCGUGCCAGUUGAGCAGGACAAGUGGAUUGUGGACGCCUUCUCGGGCCACAUCACUGACGAUGGAAAGAUAUACGGACGAGGCACCCAAGACAUGAAGUGUGUGUGUAUACAGCAUCUAGAGGCUGUUCGACGGAUCAAGGAUUCUGGUACUAAGUUGAGGCGAGACCUGUACCUGUCCCUGGUGCCGGACGAGGAGAUCGGGGGUAUGACCGGGAUGCAGUUGUUCGCACUGUCCGGGGAGUUCAAGGAACUAAAUGUUGGAUUGGCACUGGAUGAGGGUUUGGCAAGGGAGGACGAUGCUGUGACCGUGUUUUACGGAGAAAGGCACAAACAGUGGACAAAUGUGACGUUCAGUGGCAACCCUGGUCACGGUUCACGAUUUAUCGAGAACACGGCCGUCGAGAAGAUGAGGAAGCUGGUCAACAAAGCCUUGGACUAUCGUGAGAAUCAGAGGAAGAGGUUACUAGCUGACGCGUGUAUGACUUUAGGGGAGGUGACCACAGUAAAUGUGACCAUGAUCCACGGUGGGACUACACCUAACGUGGUUCCUAGCGAGUUUACUGUCACUCUAGACUGCAGAGUUAGUCACGAGUACGCGUUCGAAGAGUUCAAGAACCUGCUUAAAUCCUGGAUUGACGAAGCUGGCGGAGGGGAGAUGAGCUUCAUUGCUUCGUCCAACAAUGACGCACUCUCCUCAAUCGAUCCUAAGGACAAAUGGUGGAACGCCAUAACUGGUGCGUGCAAAAAGCACUCCGUCAAACUGGUCCCGGAGAUAUUCCCGGCCGGAACAGACUCCAGGUACUUGAGAGCUCAGGGGAUCCCUGCGUACGGGUUCUCCCCCAUUAACAACACUCCCAUCCUUCUCCAUGAUCAUAACGAGUGGCUUGGUGUGGACACGUUCAUGCGGGGGAUUGAUAUUUUGGGGACAGUGAUACGGGACUUAGCUAAUGUUAGUGGUUAAGAGAUAGUCUGAUGUUUCUGGAACUAUGUACUCUGGGAAGCGGUAGCUCUGUCCGAGUUGUCCUAAUGACAGAGAACUUUAAAUCGAAGAUUCGGAUAUCAACAGUACAUGGUACUGAGGACAUGUGGGAUAAAUACCACAAUUCACGGGACAUAUGGGACAGUACCACCCUUGACUAGGGAGAUACUUUUGGAUAGCUAUUAUGACUUUUAUAUUACUUAUACUCUACGGCCUACGCGCAAUUAUUUUAUUAAUUUGACAUCGUUCAACCUUUUUAACUCACAUUUAUACUUAUAGCCGUGUGGCAUUUAUUUUAAAAUUCGAUUUUGAUAGAAUAAUGGAUAAUUCCUGAAUGGUUUAAAAAAUUAAUUAUUACAGAAAACAGAGGUUUUCUUUUUCCGAAUUAUCGAAGAAUCACAACAGUAACAAAAACAAUCUCACAAAUAAGCCGGAAUAUUAACACCUGUGAAGCACUAAGAAUCAGAUAACUGCAUUCAGACUUCCUUAUCGGACUUAAUUUGGGCGGACAUUACGUGGAUGGACAUUAUUCUGGUUGGUUAUUAAAUUAUGAGCGCACAUUUUCAACUUCAAGUUCAAUACAGUUAACUGUGGAAUUGUAUUUUCAAACUUUAAUUAA